GCGGCUCGUUGGAAGUGAGUCCAACCCGCAGUCACUGAACCCAGCAGCAUCCGCGUGAACAAUGAACCGGUGAUCACCGGCGGACUGAAGGCGGUGAUUUGGUGAAACGGAGAUGAAGUGGACGCACGAGGAGUGUCGAGGUGAUGGGAUUGAGCUCGAUAUCUGGGGUGUGAAUGACCUCUAACGGUACAGGGAAUUAGUCAUUUGUAAUACUUUGUUGUCUGCCGAGUCAAUCCUCUUACAGGCUGCGGUGGCGUUACAUCGGCCGGCUUGUAACGGCCAAAGCUUAUUGUUGAACUUUCACAGUAUCGGCAAUGAAAUAGGCGACACGCCUCACGGCUAAAUUGCCUUACUGUCUUUAAUUAAUUUAUUUACAUGAACGUGUGCUUAUUGAAUGGCCGACAGUAUAAUAGACCAAAGAGCUGAAUAGUUACAGCAAAGUCGUUCUUUAUUCCAAAAAGGACCAUUUUUUUGUACUUCACCGGGGGGGAAAUCAUUGGUGCUCCAACUGAGUUUUCAUUACAGUAGAUCACCCUUACAUCUAAGACUUCCAUUGACUUUUUGUUAAUUUUUUUAAAUAAUUGAGGCACAAGCUGCUUGAUGUCAUGAGCUGGCCAUCUGUUGUGGAAAUCUAUUUAAACCUGCAAGCAGAUUAACCAGUGAAAGGUUCAAGGCGUCAGUCUGGACGUUUCUGUGCCUUGGCUUCCUGGUGGAGGAGGGAUGCUGAGGCCCAUCGUGGGCUCAGUGGAGCAGAGAGAUGAGGAGCAGGAGGAGGAAGGCGAAGAAGAGUUGAGGGAUGGAGGAGUGCCCUUCUACGUGAACAGAGGAGGCCUCCCAGUGGACGAGGAGACAUGGGAGAGGAUGUGGCGCCAUGUGGCUCGAAUACAUCCCAAUGGAGAAGCUUUGGGGAAGGAGAUCCGGGGUGCCACUGACCUUCCCAAGAUUCCAAUGCCGAGUGUGCCUACAUACCAACCUACCACCACUGUCCCACAGCGCCUGGAAGCCAUACAGAAGUACAUCAGGGAAUUGCAGUACAAUCACACUGGAACACAGUUUUUUGAAAUCAAGAAGAGCCGGCCUCUUACCGCGUUGAUGGACAUCGCUAAGGAGAUGACGCGGGAGGCUCUGCCAAUCAAAUGCCUGGAGGCGGUGAUCCUAGGGAUUUCCCUCACCAACAACAUGCCCGGUGUGGAGCGCUUCCCCCUUAGCUUUCAGUCUCAGUUCUCAGGGAACCACUUCCACCACAUCGUGCUGGGUGUUCACAGCGGAGGCCGCUUCGGUGCGCUGGGCAUCAGCCGGAGGGAGGACCUCAUGUUCAAGCCUCUGGAGUUCCGCACACUGAUGGACUUGGUGCAAGAAUUCGAAGGCGCCUACAGGGGCUACUGGCACACCCUGCGCAAGGUCAGGAUUGGCCAGUACGUGUCCCACGACACUCACAGCGUGGAGCAGAUUGAAUGGAAACAUUCUGUCCUCGACGUAGACAAGCUGACCAAGGAGGAGCUACGGAAGGAGCUGGAGAGACACACUCGAGACAUGAGGCUGAAGAUAGGAAAGCCUGCGCCGCCUUCUCCCACCAAAGAUAGGAGAAACAGCAUGGGUUCGCCCCUCAGAGGACCAGGCAGCCCCAUACGCAGGAUCAGCCGCGUCGAGAGACGCCCCUCUGGAGAGAAGAAGGUUUUGGAGCAAAAAUCUCCUGCAGACAUGAAUGGAUACCAGAUUCGAGUCUGAAGAACUUUAGCUUGCUUGUAGAGUUACAAGGUACCACGCACUUGUUACACAGGCCCAAUUCUUUGUACACAUUGUCCUAUUCACGGGACGCAACGUUGAAUAGGUCACCAGCAACUUUCCCUCUCAAAACAAAUGCCUCAUUCAGCUUCCUUCCAUCUACGUUGUUAGAGGCUCCGUCUGGAGCCGUUACUGCCUGGAGUAAUUGGUGCUGGCAACGUUCCCAAAUUAUAAAAAAAGGGGACAAGAGUGCAGCACUUUGUAAACAACUGCAGCGUUUUAAGAACUUAACUGAACCUAAAAUGUGACUACCACGCAGUGUAAAUGUUUUAUUGGACAUAUCAUAGGUUUCUGUGGUGUUAUUAUGUUCAACAAAAGCUCUUCUGCAAUCUGUAUCGUCGUACUGUAACGUGUGCAAAUUCAUGUCAUGUACUUUUUAAUCCACUUAGGCUCUGCUGGGCAGCAAUUGCUUGUGUAGUGACUAGUGCAAACCACUACCCCUGUGCCUUGUAUGAAAGAGAAGAAAACAACUUUUUAUAUCCACCCCAUUAUUCUCAUUGUCCAACUAAACACAAAGCAGUGCAACCUCUGCUGUGAAAGUUAAUUGUGAGACAAAUUUAAAAAAAAAAUCUAAUAUCCAAAUGCUAGCACAUUUAGCAUGCACUUGACAUUCUAAAGACUGAAUAUGGGAUUGAACACACAAUAUACAAAAGUAUAUUUAAGAGUAUUAGGUCAUCUGUAACGUGAUAUGAGAAACAGAAGUUAUUCUGUAUGAAUAUAUAAACCUUUCACAUGACCCAAGGAGAUUAUCAAGGUGACUUACAGCAACGCAGCUG